AUGGAAAGAUUUCCAUUUCACAUUCCUAAAUGUGAUCGGUGUCAACGCACUGGUAAUAUCUCUCGACGCGAUGAGAUGCCUCUAAAGAACGUCUUAGAAGUAGAAAUAUUUAACGUAUGGGGGAUCAAUUUCAUGGGGAAUUUCCCAUCAUCAUUUGGAAAUAAGUUCAUACUCGUCGUAGUAGAUUAUGUAUCAAAUUGGAUCGAAGCAAUAACUUCACCUACAAAUGAUGCACAAGUUAUGGUAAAGAUGUUUAAAAACACAAUUUUCCCUAGAUUUGGUAUUCCGAGACUAGCCAUUAGUGAAGGUGGAUCUCAUUUUAUAUCGAGAAUAUUUGAAAAAUUGUUACUUAAGUAUGAAGUAAAACACCGCAUUGCAACCCCAUACCAUCCACAAACUAGUGGACAGGUCGAAGUCUCCAAUAGGGAGAUAAAGCAAAUCUUAGAGAAGAAAGUUGUUAUAUAUAGGAAAGAUUGGUCAUCAAAGCUGCAAGAGGCUUUGUGGGCCUAUAUGAUAGCUUUCAAGACACCAAUUGGAACUACACCAUUUAAACUUGUUUAUGGCAAGUUCAACGAGCCUUUCAUUGUAAACGGGCAGCGACUCAAGCACUAUCAUUAUGCCGAAGAAGCGAAUUAUUAUACUAGCUUAAAUUUAGAAGAGUUGCAUGUCACCUUGCAAAAUUAG